GCCCGCGGCUGGUCGAUACAGAUGAACGCAUCUUUAUAUACGUGGAAACAAGAAGAUGCGUACGUACGUAGAACCGCAUAGUCAAUCGUGUCCCGCGCAGCUGGCCUUUCGUGCAGUCAAAUGUAGCGUGCUGUCCCUUGGAGCUUAUAUAGAGUGCCAUCUUCUUGCUCGAUCGGCAGGACAAGAGCGGAGCCCGGACGUGCAGCAGAGCGCGGCCAUGGGGGAGCAGUACACGCCCGCGGAGCAGGCGAGCCAUGGCGGCGGCGGCGGGGUGCCGGAGCGGCGGUACCGCGGCGUGAGGCAGAGGCCGUGGGGCAAGUGGGCCGCGGAGAUCCGCGACCCGCACAAGGCCGCCCGCGUCUGGCUCGGCACCUUCGAGACCGCCGAGGCCGCCGCGCGCGCCUACGACGAGGCCGCACUCCGCUUCCGCGGCAGCCGCGCCAAGCUCAACUUCCCGGAGGACGCGCGGCUCACCGCCCCGGCCACCACCGCCAGCGCGGCGCCGACGAUGGCCUCUUCGGCGGCCCCCUACCCUGCCAGCGCCGUCUCCGACUACUUGCAAUACCAGAUGCUUCUGCGUGCGGGAGGCGGCGGGUUCACGCCCUACUACGGCGGCGGCGGCGGCGGCGGCAUCAGCGGUUCCUCCUCGGGGUCCUACUCGUUCCCGGAGUCCUCCGUGACCGUGGCAUCCGUGCCGUCCUCUGCUUCCUCUGGUUCAGGUUACGGCGACGCGGCGCAGUGGGCCUGGCCGGCGGAGACUGCGUGGACCUACCCGGCGACUACGGGUUCGUGGUCCGAUUCCAGCCACAGCCAGUAUCCGCCGCCACCCCAACAGUAGUUCUCCUCCAAUAAAGAAAUCGUUCUCGAUAGUAGUCAUUUCUUGUUUACUGUUCUCCUUCAAGAAAAAAGAGUUGCUGCAACACCGAUGGUAUUUGGUAUGGUGCCGUCCAACAUGCACUGCACGGCUGCCGCAAACCAGAGUACGUACGGCACGCCAGUCGCCAGAGCAUUGUAAAAUGUUCAUCUUUCUUCUUUCGCUUUGUUCGCUUUGUUCAUGUUGUUUUAUUUGAAAAAACGAAACCGAUGGAAGGUUUGGUUCUAGACCAACAUCUCCUCGCGUUUUGUCGCUACAAACGCCUUUACCCUGUAAUGUAAUCAUCAGACACAUACCUUUUCAGAGAAAAUGGAAGAAGGUUGGUCACGCUUGGAGCAAGCAGAAAAUAAACCACGUUGUUGAUCA